CAAGAACGCGAUAAGCGGACCCAUCGAAUACACGUAGAGCGCGGUGGUAUCGCGUCGUCGGUCGUUCCAUAAGGGAAAAGGCGUAUGUACCGGCCGAGGUACACACCGCGAACCACGAGUCCACACGAGUCGCGCGUCGACAUUUAGCAAGGCUCGUUCGCUCGCGCGAAUGUCCGCGUUUGCGCGAACCCCGACAAUAGAACGGUGAAAACGUGACGCGGAAUAAUAUACUUACGCGGAGCACUGACUGGUGGUGGCAUAGGAAAGUUCGCGCUGCUAAGCUUUUUGAUAAUUUUCGCGCGAAGCGUAGACCACUGGAUAGCCAGGGUGUCCGCGAGGCCUCACGUUCGCGGUUUGAGACUAAACAAGAACGAGGGACUAGAGAGGGAUCGCAAUAAGAGCCUCGCACGCGGCUCUCGUCACGUCCCGGACAAAUUAAUUCUCCCUAUACUGUUAUGGAGACUCUCGAGUCGAGUCGCGUGUGCCGUCUCUGCGGCAAGCAAUCCGGUAUCUCGAUAAAUAUAUUCGACAAGAACGAAAACCACGUGAAGAAAAUCAACGCCGUUCUCCCGAUCAUGGCAGGGCCGGUUUUAGCAAUAUUGGCGCCCCGGGCAAGAGUAUCGUGGUGCCCCUUCAGAGGCUUAAAAUUUUUAAGAAAAGAAGACAAGGUGCACGAGAUGGACCUUUUGCCGAAACACAUGUGCCAUCGUUGCAGCUACAAGUUGGAAGAGUUUCACAAGUUCUACGUGGAUUGCUUAAAGACGGACGCUGGCCUGAAGAGUCAAUUAUCCUGGAUGCGUAAGGAGAAUCCGAGGGAGAGGGUCGGUAUACCGAUGGUGCACAUAGAGAACAUCAAGCUCGAGCCGCCCGAUUACGGGGCGUACGACAUGAGCCCAAUGGUCGGUAACGCGAACUACAUAAAUUCGAUGAGCUCGGUAACUUUUCAGCCAAACAACAUCUCGUACGCCGCGUACGCGCAAUGCAGAUGCUGCUGUGAUAAAAUGGACCAAAGCAAUCAGACCGUAGCAAGCAAUUACAAGAAUGCCACGGUGUCGAGGUGCAGCAGGCUGAACAACAUUGAGGGUUGUUCUAACGGAUCGCAGCCUGUGAAAACGAAUCACUUGAUUAGUACAACGUUCCAGGAACGAUCGAAUUUAGCAAUGUUUGUUAACGAGAAGAGCAACAACGCGACACGGCAUAGAUUAACUUCUUCCGUUGAUAUAGACAAUGCUAAAAGUAACUUCACCGCGAAGAAAGAGGUGUCUCGAGACGCGAUCGUUCAUAAUUUAAGACCUAGAAGGGGCUCCGUGGACUACGUGGGAACUAAGAAGAAAAUGGCCCCUUUUUUCGCAUCGAACAGCGUGAAAUCAAAAACGCCGACGCUACAAUCGGAAUUCGAGACGGUUCAAAUUAAGGUGGAGAAGCCGAACGAUUUCGUCGGUCACGUUCUUCGACCAAGAAUCAAAACGGUCAAUUACUGUAAUCGAUCGUCGCAAAGGAAGUAUACCAAAUCCAAACAGGAGGAAAGUUUGCAAGGUAACGGAAACCAAUCGAGUAGGCAUAAGGUACAGAACAUCGUGAACAAGUUAAAACUACCUUCGAAGAGGGUAUCGAAUGUGGUAGAAGAUAGAGUUAUGUUUGCGAUAAAACAAGAACAACUCUCCGAUACAGAAGACGCAUUAUCCGUAAAGCUGCCAAAGAAUCACGCGACAAGGACCAGUGAUCUGUCCGACAAUGUAAACGCACUGCCCGAUAAUCUUGUAUUUAACGUUCAGAACGACAGAAAUUGUUUAUUGAGCUGCACGCAACAAAACGUCGAAAUCAGUGGCACCAAUAAAGUAGCCGUAAGGAACACCUUGAAGAGUAAAUUAAAAUCUGGGAAAUUCAGUUUGGAUCGGUUCGCCGCGAUAAGUUAUUCGCCUAAGUUAUUGAGAAGUCAGGACUUCUUCCUUAGAAACGGGAAAGUGAAGAAAUUCCAAAACACGGAAGUGUCGACGAAGAAACUAAGAAGAGGCCUGCGCAGCAUCACGGACACAGCGAAAACGACCAGAAGAAACCUUAUGGAAGCAAUCGGGAACAUAGUUAGCACGAAGAAGAUUUCUGCGUCGAUAAAGCUGAUCGAUAACAACGUGAAGCACUAUUGCGAGAGUUGUAAUAUAAGUUUCGUCAACAAAGAGUUAUUUAAACUGCACACGUGUUAUCAUUGAUCGUAACUGCUUUAGGAAACUGCGAACAAUGUGAUCGAAUAGAAAUGUAUUUUCGCUCGAUAUAAUGUUUUCCAAAAAUUAAGUGGUUUGCGUUACCCCGACGUUUAAGGUGUCGACGAAUUUUCGAAUAUCACGAACCAGCGAAGAAUAUGUACCUACACAACGUAUUUUGUACGAUAGAUAUCAUUACUAAUGUAACACCUUAUUAUUUUUAUGAACGAAGAUAUAUAUUUACAAAUGAUUGUCAAAUGUUGAUAGAAAUGGUUAUGACAAACGUUACGAUAUACGCUUUAAAGUUUAUGUAGAUAACAGAUUCACGAAUCGCCUUCAGAGUUUAAAGAAUUUAUUAUAUAUAUAGUAUAUGUAUAUUUUAUUAAAUAGGAGAUAUAUACACAACAUUGUGAUAUGCGGGUGAUCUACGUGCAAAGUAAUUCGUUAGUUUUGUCUUCUAUUCUAUACGCGGACUUUGCGCGACAAUGAAACCAAUUUUUGUCAUUGUCAUCGUCAUCGAACAAUUAAUUAGUGCACUUAGCUACGUAUCUAUAUCUUUCAUAUUUGUAACAGUAUCAUCGAUACAUAUCACUUCGAGUGAUUGUUACGAUCACCUGCAACUUGCUGAGAAUAAUGAAUUGAGGUCUACAAUAUUUAAAUUUAAUCAAAACGAUUAUCG